GCAUUUAUUAUAUCAAAAUGUAUCAGACUGAUCCUUUUCAUGAGCUAGAAACAGAAAUGCGGGAACUUGCUGUAAGGGGCAAGUUGCUUCAACAAGGAAUCCGACGAAAAGGCGUUAUUAGUGCCGAAAAUCUCAAUGAAUUGGAAGAGGUGAGAACGGAAUCUGAAGAAGUUCUAGGUCUAUUAAAGGAAAUGCUUCUUUCUAUUGAGGAAGGGGGCGGUAAAGUUAGCGGAAGAAUUUUCUCUGCAAAUGAAAUAAUGAAUCGUCAAAAUAUUGUUAGAGCUAUUGAGAGUGAUGUAAAGGAGUUAGUUAUGUUUUGCUCUGAUAUAAAUCAGAAAAAGACAACCCCAAACGCUUUUGUAUCGGCAAAUACUCGACUAAAUGAAAGUCAUCAGGACGAUUUUCUGAUGGCCCAGGAGCUUUCUCAGAGAGCUGAAACAAAACAGCAAGAGGAAAUUCUUCUUCGACUCUCAUAUGGAUUGCAGGAAUUAAGAGAAACCGGUGUUGGCAUUUCAGACGAAUUGGAGACUCACGAAGUGCUCUUGACCGAAAUGGAUAAAAAUAUGACUGGAAUACAAGCACGUCUACAGGUGGCUAAUACAAAGGUGGAUAAGUUGCUUAAUAGUAUGUCAAACAAAGGAAAAAUUUGUACGAUAAUAGUACUAACCUUUGUAACGAUCUUUCUCUUUUUUUUGCAUUCAAUUAACAAUGUUUAUGUGUAUACAGUUUGUGCAUUCACAGUGACAACAAAGGAGAAAAUAUGGAUAUAG